UAAAGGGCUGCACAAGAAGCAGUACACGGGCAUUUAAAUCACUCAUUGGGAAAUCAGAAUGGAAAGUAGAGGACAAGGAGUGAGAGAAGUAGAAGAGCAAGGAGUGAGCAAAGUACAGAGAUGGUGGAAUACAGCAACUCCAGUUGCAAACAAUCCCAUAUUUGGCAGCAGCAAAAGGGCCAGGAAGGAGGAAAGCUGGGAUGGUUGGGGGAUAAGCUGACAUUUGGAAAGGAAACCAGCUAUACCACCAUGCCUGGAUCACUUCCUGUGAAUGCUGAAGCCUCUUGGCCAAAAGAUGUGGGAAUAGUUGCUUUGGAGAUCUAUUUUCCUUCCCAGUAUGUUGAUCAGGCAGAGUUAGAGAAAUUUGAUGGUGUUGAUUCAGGAAAGUAUACCAUAGGCUUGGGCCAGUCCAAGAUGGGCUUCUGCUCAGACAGGGAGGAUAUCAACUCACUCUGCCUCACUGUAGUCCAGAAGCUUAUGGAGAGGAACAGUCUCUCUUAUAAUUGCAUUGGGAGACUCGAAGUUGGAACAGAGACAAUCAUCGACAAAUCCAAAUCUGUAAAGACUGUCCUGAUGCAGCUCUUUGAAGAAUCCGGUAACACAGAUGUGGAAGGCAUUGAUACAACCAAUGCCUGCUAUGGAGGCACUGCUGCACUCUUCAAUGCUAUCAACUGGGUGGAAUCUAGUUCCUGGGAUGGGCGCUAUGCACUUGUUGUUGCUGGAGACAUUGCUGUUUAUGCCACUGGAAAUGCUAGGCCAACUGGAGGAGCUGGUGCUGUCGCUAUGCUUGUGGGUCCAAAUGCACCUCUUAUUUUUGAGAGAGGAUUGCGUGGGACCCACAUGCAGCAUGCCUAUGACUUCUAUAAGCCUGAUAUGGUAUCUGAGUAUCCUGUUGUUGAUGGGAAACUAUCCAUACAAUGCUACCUCAGUGCAUUGGAUCGCUGCUACUCUGUGUAUCGCAAGAAGAUCCGUACUCAGUGGCAAAAAGAGGGAACUGACAAAGACUUCAAUCUGAAUGACUUUGGCUUUAUGAUCUUUCACUCUCCAUACUGCAAACUUGUACAGAAAUCUGUAGCUCGCCUGUUGCUUAAUGACUUUCUUAUUGACCAGACACAUAUAAAUGAAAAUGGUAUCUACAAUGGACUUGAAGCUUUUGGAGAUGUAAAACUAGAGGAUACAUACUUUGAUCGAGAUGUGGAGAAAGCUUUUAUGAAGGCCAGUGCUGAGCUCUUCAACCAAAAAACAAAAGCUUCCUUGCUUGUUUCUAAUCAAAAUGGAAAUAUGUACACACCUUCAGUCUAUGGCUGCCUUGCUUCUCUCCUAGCUCAGUACUCUCCUCAACAGUUGGCAGGUCAGAGAAUUGGAGUUUUCUCUUAUGGUUCAGGAUUUGCUGCUACCCUGUACUCAAUCAAGGUCAGCCAAGACGCAACUCCUGGUUCUUCCCUGGAUAAAAUAACAGCAAGCUUGUCUGAUUUGAAAGCAAGGCUUGAUUCAAGGAAACGUAUCCCUCCGGAGGUAUUUGCAGAAAACAUGAUGCUUAGACAAGAGACUCAUCAUUUAGCUAAUUAUAUCCCAAAAUGUUCUGUGGAUGAUCUCUACGAGGGAACUUGGUAUUUGGUACGAGUGGAUGAGAAACACAGGAGAACAUACGCCCGUCGCCCGAUCCUGGGCGACGGGCCAUUGGAAGCAGGUGUGGACGUUGUUCACAUGGGCCUUGCCCAUGAGCACAUCCCCAGCCCUGCUAAGAAAGUACCCAGAAUUCCUGGAAAAGCAGAUUCAGAAGCAGUUGCUGUUUCCCUUUCCAAUGGAGAGCAUUGACACCUCUGUGAGGUGGAAGUUGAAAACAUUAGGGGAGAGGUGGGGAUGUACACAGAAUUAAAUAUUACUCACCUUUUGCUGUACAGUACUGCUUAAUUAGAGCAUGAGAAACUGUUAUUCUUGAGGCUCUGUCUUUUGAUGCGGUUUGUUGACAUGUCGUUUCAUAACACUAAAAGUGCUUGUGCUUCCUGGAACUUACUGCAAGAGUGCUUUCUGGGAAAAGUAGUUUGUUUAUAAACAAUCAUGGUUCAGAACUAGGUACUUUUUUCCUUCCCCUAAACCUCAUUUUAACAAAGAUCUCUGCAAAUUUUGUAACAUUAUUGUUCAGCAAAGAAGACUUCUUUUUCAUGCUAAUAUUGAAAGAAAUUGAUGUGACCUAAAGCCAUCAGUGUCUGUCAGUCUUCAAAGUUAGGGUCCUAUGUGCCUUAACAAUCUAAGCACCCUGUCUCUUAAAUAUAGACUUAAUUCUAUCCCUCAAAAGCCCAUAGGUUUGGGGAAGGUGCAGUUGAUUUGCUUUUCAAGGUGCUAUUAACGGGAAAAUUAUUUUCCAGUUGGUAUUACUAGUUCAAACGUAGCCGGAAAAAGUGGGGGUCGGUGACAAUUGACAAUUGGGAUUUUAGUUGUGUCUAUACCUUAAGAACUACUUUCCUUACCAUUCCUCAAUAACAUAAAGACCAUUUUGCAGUACUAGCAAAACUAAAGGAGACUGCCCCUACUCCUGGAGUGCAAGGCUACCCAGGAGCAGGUUUUGCAUACUCCGCUUUCAAGGAACUUUUCAAGGAUCAUUUCUGGAAUAUUUUGCUCCUGAAGUCUUCUUUCAUGUUUGUGCUGGACAGUACAACAAUAACAGGAGUUGCUUUGAUCUGAUGUAUAUGUAGCAUCCUAUUUCAAGUUGAUUUGAAAUUCUAUUUCUGCUUAUGUAUGAAUACUGGAAGGCCAUCAACUUUCAAAGCACUCGCUUUAAAACAGUCAUGUACAGAUUGGAGCCCCAUUAGUUCAGGGCAGUCGUCUAGCUCUAUUUGGACUCAUUUGAUAAAACCACCUUGGUAGGUUGCCUGCUUACCUAAGGCAUUAAAAACGGAAGGUGUUACCUGAAUACCCACUCAACAUGAUACGUGGCUUGUGUUCUUCAUUUAUUUGCAAGUUGUUCCCUUCAAUUGGCUUCCACAAACCUGCUUCAGAGCGAAUACUUUUUGACUAUUGCAAUUAUGCUUUAGCCAUUUUAAGCCUGUGUAUAGACUCUCUUGAGGAGAGUCCACUGACUGUUGGAUGGUCCUAGAUGAACUGGAAUUAAAAGCAAAAAAAGCUCUUGGCUUGUAAAAUACAAUGCAUUGACACCAAACUCACACUCUGCCCUACUUUUAUUUUGCUUUAAAAAACUGAAAAAGCUUUGUCUGAAAAAAAAUAAUUGCAAGAAUUGGUACCCAUUAUGCUAGGUUACAAAACACAGGGUUUGAUGUUCAGUAGUUUGUUUUUUUAAGAGUAAGUGACUAAUGUUUCACAGUUUCUGCAUCAGUUCAUGUUGGACAUGCUUUGACUUAACUUGAAUUGAUAAACAAAUGGUCUCAGUGCUGUGGCUAUGUAUGACAAGAUGAUUGGAGGACAAGCCUCAUGUCUGUCCACACGAUGGAAGCAUAUCAAGUCCAUUGCAGGCAAUGGACAGGGCAAGAACCAUUGCACAAAAAUGUAACCUUUAUAAACCUCAGUAUGAUGAGGCAGUUGCCUUGUAAAAUAAACGUUGAGCUGUUUGAACUA